AUCGCAUCAGUUUCGUGUGCCAAAAUGGAUCUCCAGAGUACCCUGGAGAAAUGUGGCAACUUCGGUCCGUACCAAAUCACGUUGCUCGUACUCUAUGGAUACUCGAAUAUUUUGUCAUCGCUGCACUAUUUCUCGCAAUCCAUCAUUAGUUUUACGCCGUCGCACAGGUGCUCUCCACCAAAAGAGUAUUUUCCGCAGAAUUCCACGUAUUCCACUUCCCUGCUGACCUGCAGUGUUAUUCAAUACGAUGAAGAUCUUUCAUCUCUUCGGGACUACAAAUGUACCUCGUGGGACUUCGAAAGGGAAAGUAACUACGAGAGCGUUACCACAGAGCUCGAAUGGGUUUGCGACGACGCCUACAAACUGGCAGUGGGUCAGUCGUUCUUCUUCAUCGGAUCUGCCCUGGGUACUAUAUUCUUCGGAUAUUUGGCUGAUCGCAUUGGAAGACUGCCUGCCUGCGUCUUGUCCACUUUGACAGGAGCCUCUGGAGAUUUCUUCACCUCUUUUGUAGGAAGUCUGCCCUGGUUCUGCUUCACCCGCUUCAUUUCCGGUCUUUCUAUGGACACUCAGUAUGUCCUUAUGUACAUUUUGGUUUUCGAGUACCUGAGCCCCCAACACCGCACCUUCGGGCUAAACAUAGUCUUGGGAAUCUUCUAUUGCAUUGGUCUAGUGAUUUCCCCCUGGAUGGCUAUUUGGUUGGGAAACUGGCGGAGGUAUCUAUGGGCAGCAUCUCUUCCAGCCCUCGGUACGCUGCUUUUUCCUGUGUUUCUUCAUGAAAGCGCCGAGUGGCUGUUAACCAAGGGAAAGUUCGAUAAGGCAGUUAGUAACCUUAAAAGCGUCGCCAAGUUCAAUGGACGCCAAGUGGACGACUCUGUUUUCGAUGAGUUUAUCAAACACUAUCGCGAGAAACUACAAAAUUCGCAGAAUAAAUCUUCGGAUACAUUUAUGGGCAUGUUGAGGACACCAAGACUGCGAAAGUUCACAGUAGUUCUAUUGAUUAAAUCAAUGAUCGUUGCAAUGGCUUUUGACAUCCUAAGUCGUAACGUGGAAGGCGUGGGAAUAUCGCCCUUUAAGCUCUUCUCCUACUCAGGACUCUGCUACCUGCCCGCCGGUCUCACCAUAAUCCUGUUCCAAAACAAAAUCGGUCGAAAGGGCAUGGCCUGCGCCUCGCUUUUUGUGGGUGCUAUUAUUACGGCGGUCACUGGUUACUUGGUAGCCACCCUCGAUCCAGCGAACUACUCCGUUCUCUUGGGAUUCAUGGUGGGCCUGGGAAGAUACGGAGGAGUGGUGGCCUACGAUUCGGAGACCCAGUACGCUGCGGAGAUUAUUCCAACCAGUGUGCGAGGUCGAGGAGUAGCCAACAUUCAUGUGGUGGGCAACGGCUUUGCCUUCUUCAGCUCCUACGUGAUCUACUUGGGAACGUUCUACAGGCCGUUGCCGUCUCUUCUAAUCAGCUUCGUUCUCCUGAUCGGCAGUUGUUUAUGCCUGACUCUUCCAGAAACACUGAACAAAGAUCUCCCGCAAACUCUGGAGGAGGGCGAGGUAUUUGCCCAGGGCGAGAAAUGGUAUUUCUUUCCCUGCAUUUCACGCAGACAGCAAACAAAUAAAUCUUCAUCUCAGUCGGAGUCAGCCAGCAAUAUUACAAAGAUGUUAUAA